CACGUAGAUAGUCGAUGGCCCUGGACGCCUCGAUGCUCAGUAUGAUUGAAAUAUCUGCCGCACGCUGAGGGAAAAAUCGCUCCAACAGGAUGUCACGACGCAACCCCGGGGAGGACUAUCGAAAAGGGUCAAGUACCUACAGAGCGGAGGAUAGGCGGGAUAAGGAUAAUGACAGGGACAGAUCACCCUUGAGACCAGACGACAGGAGAGAUUCACCGACUUAUGGACAGGGAGAGUCCAGGAAACAGAAAUUGACGUUUGGAUUUGGAAAGAAAACAUCCCUGACUGAUCAGAAGAAGGGGAUACAGAUUAAAUUGGGAGCAACAUCGAAACCCGUUGCGAAACCCGCAGCAAAGCCAACAGUGGCGUCAGUAUUCAAUGCCGAUGAUGACGACGAGCCCGAGGAAAUGCCAGCGGAGGCGCGAAUGAGGAUGAGAAACAUAGGACGAGAAACUCCAACAUCAGCUGGACCCAACUCCUUUGGGAAGACUAAACAAGGCUUCUGUGAUUCAAAGAAAAUAUUCGAGAAGACACUGAAGAAGGCGAUGGAAGAAGGCAACAAAUGAUUCUAUUCAUUAGAAUUUUUCCGUAAUUAUUUUAAGAGAUUAUUGUAAAUUCAUUUAAUGUAAGUUGUACGAAGAUAGCUGUUGAAUUUGGAAAGCAAGACAUUUUUACCGCGUCCAGGUAUUUUUUCUUCAAAUAGACAAGUAGCUUUCAGCUCAGAUAAUUUCUGGUACAUCGACGUCCGGCAGGGAAAAUUUUUAUCAACGACUAUCAUGUGAUUAUCAUGAAAUUAAUGAUAUUAAUCAUGUAUUCCCUACCCUCAAUGUUCGUCGGUGGUUUCUUGUAUUAUCAUCAAUGACAAUUUAAUUGUAAACGUGACACCUGUCGAGCUGUGGAGGCGGACAGAAUCAUAAUUAAAAAUUUCACGUGAAUAAAUCUCAAUUCCUUUCCAAUCUAGCGUUUGGUUAUUUAUCAGUGAGGUUCGGGUUUUAACUGCCCUUAGUUAUAAAGUCGAUGAGCUUCGUUGAAAAUAUUUUCUAUCAUUAACAUAAACCAAAUUUUACGUCAGGAAGGUCAGUGAAUAAUUUUUUAAACACUCAAAGCAUUUUUUAAACUUUUUUUUUUAUUCCGCAAUUAAAAAUUACAUGUGAAUUACUUCCUGUUCUGCUGGGGUCCCUGGCGCAUGUCCUGAAAAGAGGACACGAAAUGAGUACACAUCUCAAAAAAAUGUACAUGUAAAAAAUUUGUCUUUAAAUAUUGGAUGAAAAAAAAACAUUCAAAUCUAAUACAAAUAAAUUAUAAACAAAAUAUCUCCCUUGAAUGAGUUAGAUAUUUUUAUUCCAUCACAUUUCACCUGCGUGAAUGAACGAAAUAAAUGGAAUGGUAAUAAAUAGUCACCCUUGGGAAGUUGCGAAGAGGUGGUGUCCUGAUGCGACGAUCAGCCUUGGAUCUGUUACGAACGACUUUGCUGUGAAUUGCGCAUGACACGCAGUAGUGCAAUUUUGCGUACAGCUUGGGGAGCUGAUAGGUAUCGUAGACGCUGGCGUCGUUGAUGUCCCUCACAGCGGCGGCCUCGACGAUGUUACGGAUAACAAA